AUGGUCAUCAUCGUACUACACUUACUACCGGCCCUCCUGACUCCUAAAGCAUCCCUAUUAUAGACAGUACUCAUCCGGAUUUCUAUUGGCCUUUCUUUCUUUUUUUCCGUCUUCUUUUUUUUUUUUUUAAUUUUGUUCUCCUCUGCAGCCCAUGCAAGGCUGCUGCAACACCUACAUCCAGGUUUUAACCAUCCGACAAUCAUCACUGACUGCCUGCUGUCUGCUGCUCAAAUGUUGGGAGACAAGGCUCACGGUGUGACUUUGAAAGUAAUGGAGUACACAUACGAUGAGGACCUGGAAGAGCUGUGUCCUGUGUGCGGAGACAAAGUUUCUGGAUACCACUACGGCCUGCUGACCUGUGAGAGCUGCAAGGGCUUCUUCAAGAGGACAGUGCAGAACAACAAGAGGUACACGUGUGCGGAAAACCAGGAGUGCAAAAUAGACAAGACCCAGAGGAAAAGAUGUCCCUUCUGUCGAUUCCAGAAAUGCCUCAAUGUCGGGAUGCGGCUGGAAGCGGUGCGCGCAGACCGCAUGCGUGGGGGUAGGAAUAAGUUUGGCCCCAUGUACAAGCGAGACAGGGCCUUGAAGCAGCAGAAGAAGGCUUUGAUACGAUCCAAUGGUUUCAAGUUGGAGAGCACGGCCCCUCCGCCAGCCUCUCCUCUGCAGGCAGACUACGGCUUCACUGGCACCCUACACACCCUUCCCACCAUCUCUAAAAGCCUGCUCCCCUCCACCCCAAGCUCCAUCACGCCCACAGACUACGAAGCCAACCUCUAUGGACCCCCAUCUUUGGGCAUGGCCAUGCAAUCACAUGUGCCCCUCACCACCCAGUACCAGUACACAGCCUUUCCCGGCAGGGCAAUUAAAGCCGAGUGUCCUGACUACACCAGCUCCCCUGAGACUCUGACAGGAUACCCCUACCCAGACAUGUACCCCUCAGCCUCGCCGCAGCCACCCAGUCUGCCGCCACUGGUUCUGGAGCUGCUGCGCUGUGACCCAGAUGAGCUGGUGGUCCAGAAUAAGAUUGUGGCUCAUCUGCAGCAGGAGCAAAAUGGCCGGGGUCGACUGGACAAGCCCAGCACCUUCAGCCUCAUGUGUCGCAUGGCAGACCAGACUCUCUUCUCCAUAGUGGAGUGGGCUCGGAGCUGCAUCUUCUUUAAGGAGUUGCGGGUGGGAGAUCAAAUGAAGCUGCUCCAUAACUGCUGGUCUGAACUGCUGGUCCUGGAUCACAUUUUCAGACAAGUGCAACACGGAAAGGAAGACAGUAUCCUGCUGGUGACCGGCCAGGAGGUGGAGUUGUCAUCCAUCCUGUCCCAAGCUGAGGGGACACUGUCCAGCCUGGUUCAAAGAGGUCAGGAGUUGGCAGCGAGGCUGCAGGUGGUGCAGGUCGACCGCAGAGAGAUCGCCUGCCUGAAAUUCCUCCUCCUUUUCAACCCAAAUGUAAAAUUGCUGGAGAACCAGGUGUUUGUGGAGGGCGUCCAGGAACAGGUGAAUGCUGCCCUGCUGGAAUACACCCUGUCUGCCUAUCCCCAGUUCCAAGAGAAGUUCAGCCAGCUGUUGGUACGAUUGCCAGAGCUGCGCUCCCUCAGCACGCAGGCCGAGGACUACCUGUGCUACAUGCACGUGAGCGGAGAGGUGCCCUGCAACAACCUGCUGAUUGAGAUGCUGCACGCCAAGAGAGCAUGUGUGUAAAGAGCACCAGCAGGAUGCUCCACUACCAUUUACGAGUUGUCUAGGUGAGAGUAUGUGUGUGGAAGGAAAUGAGUGAGUGCCGAAAAUGUCGAAUGAUGUUAGACAGGUUCCCUCUGGGUCAUCUUUGUGAGGGCUUUUGUUUGGAGUUGGAUGGGAAAAAUGUUUAAAGUUUGGAAUUAUAAAGCUACAUCUGUACUCAAAGGUAAUUUUGAGAUUUUGAAUUUUAAUGUGUUCAUGUCCUGCAGAGCUACAUUCAUGUGACCUUUAUAAACUGGAUUUUCUACCUUGUUUUCAAACAUUUAAAGUUAGACCUGCCUAUAGAGUUACAUUCUAUCUAUUUUGAGCAAAUAUAAUCCCAGACAAGAUUUUCUACAUUCCACAGAGCUGCCCAGCAAAUAUUUAAUCUCCAGAUAAAUGCCAUUCAUUCAAACUUUGAAAGAGCCUUUAUAGUGAAAUUUGCUGUCACAUCACUGGGUGGGGCUAUUUGCUGGAUGAGCAAAUGUGCAUGUUUUACAACAGAUGUUUUCUUUCUUUUUUAUUUUAGUAUUAAAAUUAGACAUUUUUUAUGCCACACUGAUCCUAGAUCAUUUGUUUUUAUUAUUUUCAUGAAAUGGUGUCAUCACACUAGACUAGCACUGCUAGAGAAACCUAACAGACAUAAGUAAAGUUUAAUUUGAAUCUAUGUAGAUGUUAAUAUAUUAAUAUAGCGAAGCCAGGCUUAAGAAAAACACAUUCAGUUGUUCAUCAAACAUCAUGAAAACAGAAUAUGAGAGGGACAGAGAGGCAGAGAAAUAAGAGACAAACAAAGCAGGAGGUAGAAGAAAGAGAUUGUACACAUUAAUGCUUUGUGGGUAGAAAAAAAAAAUAAGAAGGAAGCAAGUGCACAGAGGAGCAGACAGAAGAGGUACAAUAGGCACAUCAGAGUGCAAUUGGUAAUAGCAGGAGGAGGCAUCUGUAAUUUUUGUUCUUCAGCUUUCUCCGAGUCCAUAAUGAUGCAUGGAAGUAAAAGGUGCAUCUGGUCACAUUUGGUUUUCUGGUAAAAUUUCAUGAGAGUCAGUGGGGCUUGAGGAAACAAUGGCCCCUCAGAGACAAAGGCUUCAUGUGCACAUUCACAUUUGUGUCACUUUUCAACACAUUAGGGUACAUGUGAUCAAGGAGUGAUGCAUCUGAGUGUGUGACGGCUGAUUCUCGCAAAUCACCUAAGAACCACUGACUGCUCUGUGGUUCUUAAUUCAGAUAUAAAUCUUUAUAUAUAUCAUUUAAAUAUUUCCAGUUUUCCUGAAAAAAAAAAAUCAUUUAGCCAAACAAAAGGGAAUUUGGGACUAUUUUGAGCCAAGAUUCCUCCAUGUGGUGCACGAGUGAGUAUCUAUGGUAGCAGGACAGGGUACUAUUAUAUGAUAUAUUAAAAAGAAUAAACUUUGCUUAGGUUAUUAAAACUUUUCUGUUCUGUGUUAUGCUUAAAGAGGACCUAUUCUGUUCACUUCCAGCUCCAUAUUUUUAUUCUUGGACUAGAGAGCAGCUUUGAAUGAUUCACAGUUACAAAUAAUCCUUACUACGUUAUACUGGGCCUUGUUGAAGCCUCUUAGUUCAUCAUUUGUCUGAAACACACUGUUUCUUUCCCCCUCCGUUUAAACUAGCUUUCUUCUUAUUGGCUGCCCCUCACAAGCAAAAGUCUUGAACAGAAAGUGGGUGGAGUGUCUGUGUUCACAGCCAGGUGACUGUGUUUGGGAUAAACAAAUUCAAAUUGAAAUUUUUUGUUGUUUUAUUGGCAUGACAGCUUCUAAAAGCAAAGCUUGAAAUUUCAGUUUUUUAUAAAAAUGUAUAUAUUAUAUGCAUGUGUGUGUUUGUGUGUGUGACAUCCCUUAUGACAUCAUACAGAGCCACGAGAAGAAAAACUGUUAGAAACAACACAAUUAGAACACUGUGUAGCCUGAACUCAUUAUUCGACCUCAUUAUUGGAAUGUUUGGUCAUGUUUAAUAUGAACAUCCACCACUGUAACAGCAUACUAGACAAAAUAUGAAGAUAAGGAAAAGCAUUAUAGAUUCCCUUUAAGUGAGUGACAUAUUCAUUGACUUUACAGAUACAUUAAUUUGUUUGUUUGUUUGUUUGUUUUUAAAAAAUAUGUAUAUAAAAAAAUCAGGUGGUAUUCUCAUUCUGUUCAAAUUUGACCUCUAAUUUUCAGGAUAAAUGGUUUAUUUGUUCAUUUAGCUUGAACCAUCCUUCUACUUGGAAGAAGAAGUUAUUUGUUUUUGUUUUGCAUUGACUACUCAGUGACUCGUGAUGUAUUCAUUCUGCUGACAUCAUCUCUGUGUGACACACAGGCUGCAGUAGGGUUCAAACAGCAAACCUACAGCGAAAGCUUGCUAACAACAACCUGUACAGCUGACCUGAUCUAAACAUAUGUUGCUUAGUGGGUAUUUCUCUUUUUCAUAGAUAGAGCUGGGCAGCUAAACAAGCUAUGAAGAAUGUUGAUUGGACUGGCAGAAUAGCACUCAGUGAGCACAUCAUCAGACUUUUUUUGAAUUCCUUUGUGAAAGAGCAAUGGGUGCAGAGAUUCAGAGGUGUGGAGCCAUCACAGGUCACUGAAACUCUGUACUGCAAAGAAUAAUGACGGCAUACUUUAUACUGAAAUAAGACAGCUGGUGGACAGCCUGGCAUCCACUGAGUCCAGAAACCUUAAGUCUGGGUAAAAAACACUGUUCUGUGUAUUUGUAGCAACAUUUGUGGCACUUCCUUUGUUGAAAAGUAACACUCGUGUGUUCUGUCCUACACUGUUCUCUCACACACUCUAAGCGACCAUCAUUGUCACUGUGGCCGAGCAAAAACAAAGACACAGUCCACGCUGUGUUUGUAACGUUGUGCAGCCAUUUCAGAUAAUUUCUUGUUGGUCCACUGACGUGGCAGUGUAUCACGGUAUUGUAGACAAUCACUCCACCAGCCUUAACUUAACGUCAGCACCCACACACACACACACACACACACACUUAGUUUUCCAAUUGAGACAGCUAUGUGUUAUCACUCUGUAUAGUAUAUUUAUGUUGUGAAGUGAAUAUCUACUGCAAGAUAAAGAUACAUUUCAGCACAGAAAAAGUUCUCUGCUUUAUGUUGAGGUCAAAUUGCUACUAUUGUGGAACUGAUUCUCUCGCUAUUGCUUUCUUUGUUUUUGCUCUUGGUUCACUCUUUUGUUUUUCCUGUGAGUUGAGCGUCUGUCCUGUCUUAAACUGAAGUGCUUUUCUCCCCAAAGAGAGAGUGACCAAAAUGUUUUUUUUUUUUUUUAAAUAUAUUUUAUUGUAACAGCAUCAA